CUUGCUCGAUCGCGGUGACAGUAAUAUCGACUGUGUUUGCCUCGGAGCUGCACGCUGGCUUUUAAAAGCGGAGGCAGGAAUGGAGAGGAGCGAAGAGGGCGAGAAUGAGAGCUCCUCGUCCCACCAAAACACAAUGUGGAAACAAUUCCAAGCCAAAGCCAAACCUCUGCUCAGCCCCAAGCUGGGCGCCAGGGACUCCGACGACAAGAAGGAGCGGGGGAUGUGGAUGUUCAAAAAGAAAAAAAAGAGGCAUGUGGUCCUGGACAGAGUGAUCUCCUCCUCGCAGCCCGACCUGCUUUUCUCCUCGCCGGUGGAUCUGGAUGUGAAGGAGGCUCAGCUCUGCGGCAAAGCGGACAGCGGCGGCCCCAGCCGGGAUAAGCUGCAGCCCGGCAAGCGCAGAUCCACCAGCCCGAACAAGCCCACCGUGGCACAACUGGUGCAAUCCCACCAUAAGAGCUCUUCCCUCGGGUCUGCAUGCCUGGAGGCGCUGGAAGAGCCACCAGUCAGCGGCGGAGGGGGAGAAGCAGCGGCAGAUGCAGCAGAGGCACAGCUGGAGAGGAAGGAGGAGCAGCCGGUUAUGGGUGCACCUGGAUCCUCGGAGGUAAAUCCUGCCCGGGCUCUCCCCAGCUCAGGGAUGUACAAACUGGAAAUCGAACUGAAGAGAGGGUACAACCUUGCCAUCCGAGAUAGAGGAGGCAGCAGUGAUCCCUAUGUCAAGUUCAAGCUGGGGGGUAAAGAGGUCUUCAGAAGCAAAACCAUACAUAAAAAUCUCAAUCCAGUAUGGGAUGAAAAGACCACACUACUUGUGGAUAGUCUGAGGGAACCUUUAUAUGUAAAGGUGUUUGAUUAUGAUUUUGGGCUUCAAGAUGACUUCAUGGGAUCUGCUUACCUGUACCUGGAGUCUCUAGAACAGCAGAGGACGAUACCUGUUACUCUGGAGCUUAAGGAUUCCCACUACCCCGAUCAGGACCUGGGCAGCCUGGAGCUGGCUGUCACCCUCACCCCAAAAGACAGUCCCGUGGAGGAACGCAGAGACUCCACGCAAAAAGAGGUUAAGACCUGUCGGUGGAAGGCCUGUGUGAAUAAAACCAUGCUGCUCAGGAGGUCCUGGAAACGAUCCACCAAGCAGCAGCAGUCCAUGCGUCUCUCAGAACUGCAUCGGAAAGCUCAGCUUUGGCGAGGGAUCGUCAGCAUCGCUCUCAUCGAAGGUCGCGACCUCAUUCCCAUGGAUACAAACGGUCUCAGCGACCCCUACGUCAAGUUCAGACUGGGACCCCAGAAGUACAGGAGCAAGACUGUGCCAAAGACCCUGUGUCCACAGUGGAGGGAGCAGUUUGACCUGCACCUCUAUGAAGAGACGGGAGGGGUGUUGGAACUCACAGUUUGGGACAGAGACACAGGAAGGAGAGACGACUUCAUUGGACGCUGCCAGUUGGACCUGUCCACUCUGGCCAAGGAGCACACUCAUCGCCUGGAGCUGCCGCUGGAGGAGUCCCGGGGCUCCGUGGUGCUCCUGGUCACCCUGACCGCCUCCUCCCACGUCUGCAUAUCGGACCUGUCAGUCACCCCGCUGGAUGACCCCCAGGAGCGCAGGGAGAUAAUGAAACGAUAUAAUGUGUUAAAGUCGCUGUCUAACCUGAGAGAUGUGGGCAUCGUGCAGAUCAAGGUGAUGAGAGCUGAGGGACUGAUGGCUGCAGAUGUAACUGGUAAGAGUGAUCCUUUUUGUGUGCUGGAGCUGAAUAAUGACCGUCUGCAGACACAUACUGUUUACAAGAACCUCAAUCCAGAGUGGAACAAAGUCUUCACGUUCAAUGUGAAAGACAUCCACUCCGUGUUGGAAGUGACUGUGUUUGAUGAGGAUAGAGACAGGAGUGCCGAUUUUCUGGGAAAAGUGGCCAUCCCCUUAUUACAUAUCUGUAAUGGAGAGCAAAAGGGGUACAUGUUAAAAAACAAGGAGCUGACUGGACCAACCAAAGGAAUCAUCUACUUAGAAAUGGAAGUCAUCUUCAACACAGUCAAGGCUGCUCUGAAGACUGUGGUUCCUGCAGAACAGAAGUACAUUGAAGAAGAGCCCAAAGUUUCCAAGCAUCUGCUCCAGAGGAACUUCAACCGUGUGAAACGGUGCGUCAUGGUCCUCAUCAGCUACGGGACAUACAUCAAGAGCUGCUUUGAAUGGGAAUCUGCACAGAGGAGUAUCAUCUCUUUUGUGCUGUUUGUGGUGGUUGUGUGGAAUUUCGAGCUCUACAUGUUGCCGUUGGCCCUGCUGCUGCUGCUGGCCUGGAACUACUUCUUCAGCUCGAACAGGGACACAGCGGACAUGUCGAUGGAAGCCAUGCUUGAAUGGGAAGAUGAGGAAGAGGAGAAAGACGACAAGGACUCUGAGCGGAAGGGCUUCAUGGAUAAACUCUACGCCAUCCAGGAUGUGUUCAUAAGUGUCCAAACCACUCUGGAUGACGUGGCAUCAUAUGGAGAGAGGAUAAAGAACACAGUUAACUGGACAGUGCCUUUUCUAAGCUGGCUGGCAAUCACAGCCCUGUGUGUGGCCACAGUUCUUCUCUACCUCAUACCCCUUCGAUACCUUGUGCUUGCAUGGGGUGUGAAUAAGUUCACAAAGAAGCUCCGUGACCCGUACAUGAUUGACAACAACGAGCUUCUCGACUUUCUCUCCAGAGUGCCCUCUGAUGUUCAAGUGAUGCAGUACCGUGAGCUGAGGGCAGAUCCAGGACAAAGCCCGACCAAACGCAGGAGGACCAACCCGAGUUAGUGACACGAGCACAUCAACAGUCCCGCCGCUGGAGUUUGUACCUCCGGCAGACUGAACAUGAGCACGGCCCCCUGUACACAACCAACAAACUGUAAACAAUGUAAACAAUGUUAUUUAUACAUGUUAUUUAUAUAUUUUUUUAUUAUUACGAGCAGUUUUUACGGUUUAGUUUCCCUUUUUUAAGAAGUUAUUGUGUCAAGGAAGCACAGACACACACGCACACACACAGAUGGUGUUUUUUUUUUUUUUUUGUUCUUGUUAAGAGAAGCUCUGGUGAAAAAUAAGUUGUUAACAUUUUUUUUUUUAAUCUAAGCACAACACUUGACACUCACACAAGCGUUCCCUUCCUCAAACAUAGAGCCUAAAUUUUCAGCUCUGACAGUAGCAUUCGAAUAAAUGAGAGGCUGCACCUAAAAUAAUAAGUUGUAACAGUGUAUGCUAUGAAUGUAUAUUAUUGCAAAGAGCAUGCAUGUCUUGUAUUGUGCUGCUGUUGGUGAAAACUGUGCGACUAUUUUUUUUUUCUUCAAAUGAAAGUUAAUUCUAUGCUAUUUUUAAUUGUACAUUGAUAAUGUUAUUUUUAAAAACAGAUUUGCUAGUUAUUGCUGUCACAUUAAUGCCCAUAUAUGCCAAUAUAAACACACACAUACACUCAUCAGUUGAUAAUAUCUUGGAUAUGACAUACAUGUGAAAUGAGAUGAAAUCUGCACCUCAUUUUGCAGCCCCCAGCAUGUCAUACUUAUUAAUUUGUCCAUUAUGUGCUUGGUAGAUAAUUAAUAGAAUCAAUCUGAAUUCAAUCUGGAUGCUGUUAAUGAAAUGGUAACGAAAUGCUGCUCUAGAUGUUUAAUCCAGCAAAGGUCUGAAUAGCUCACAGCUUUUUUUCCUGUUUCUAUAUUUUUGUUUUGUUUCUUUAAUAUACUUGAAUAUCAUUAUUUAUUUGAUUGCUUUGCACAGAGAAAUACAUAUGACAGAGCUUUAAAGGAAAACAUGUAAGGAUUCUCAGUGCUUUCAGCCAAAGUAUCCAACCUGGUGUUGAUUGCUUUUGCACAUUUACCAGAUAGCCUCUACAACAACUACAACAGCAACAAGGGUCACUUAUAAUAGUUUAUCAAAGUUUUUCAAAGUUUAUCAAAAGUCACAGUAAGAGUCACCUUUAUUGUCAGUGCGAUGUGGUGGCUGGCUCUCUUCACAUGAUCAUUAAAACAAUAAAACAAUGAAACAGCAUAAAAACACAAACGAUAUGAAAGCUCAAAUUCAAGCAUUAAAUCCCCUCUAGACAUUAUUUGGUGAUUCUUACUGUUUGUUUUAAGUUGUGGCAUUUUUAUCUAACAGCAGUGGCAGAUUUAUGUGAACAUCUGGAUGUUUGACCUGUCACUUAUUCUCUCCUUGCCGAGAGGAAAAAACAAAGAAAUCAUUGCACAAACAUCUUUAUUUUGGGUUCUUAUCAGAGCAUUUAGGCUGGAUGACGACUGAACUCAGCUGGUCCAGCUUCUUAACACUUUCAGUUCCUCAGAUCUUCAGCUCUGACCAAAGUGUGAGGUCCUGCCGGUGUUAAUCCUACAUGUGUAUUUACAACUGUUACCUUUAUGCCAUGUAGUGUUUGCAACAUAUAAUAUCUUGGAUAUUUUAUAUGACUGUUUCCUGCAUGUCUUUCCAAAACGUGAGCUGUCCUAUUUGUGUCAAAGUGUUUUGCAUGACAUUGAUAUGCAAAUACAUUUAUGUACUAUAUUACUGUGUACAGCAUGGGUAUUUCAUCUAAUAUGUCUGUUGCAUGUGUGUCACAUCCAGAACCCCAUGACCUAUUGUUACACCAAGCCGUUUCAUGACUGUAAAAAACAAAAAACAGCAACCAAAAUCAAAUCAUAAUUUCUACCAUUUUGCACAUUUAUUGUUUUUUUGUUUUGACUUUUUUUUUUAUUAUUAUUAUUCCCAGUUGCACCAUGGUUAUUUGCUAUAACUGCUUGUUAAUUGCAAUUGCAUCAUCACCAAAAAGCAGGGCUUUCUGUAAUUUCUGCUUAACAUCUGAGAAAAGCUCAUAAAAAUCUAUUUAUACACAGA